AUGAGCAAUCCUUCUCCCAAGAAGAAGACAGGCGCUAGCAGUACCCGGGCUCCCACCAGUAUCAGCAAGAAUGCAAAUACACACACGCCUCAGCAACCACGUCAAAUCCGCUUUGUUUCGUCAGAUGGUCAGCCUCAGACCAAGCGCCGACGAGUUACUGCAGCAUGCCGUACUUGUCGCAAACGGAAAAUCCGAUGCUCAGGCGAACAACCCGGUUCGUGGAAUAUCGCUUCCCACCCCCCUACAAUUCAAGCUAUCAAUUCGAGUGGACACGUGUCUGACCGCUUAGCAGUAUGCUAUAAUGACCCCGAGAAACCCGAAAAGGCGACUCUCCAAACAAAUACGAAAAUUGAACACACGACGUAUGCUGAGGACGAGGAUGAGGACCCUGCGGUUCCUCUAUCUCCGACCACCCCACGCUUAUCGACAGCAGCGCCCGACACUUCCAAGUCCCCACCGAAGGCGCUCAAGCUCGAAGUGCCCCUUCCUUUGACGAGAGACACCCUCUCCAAGGCAACAAAGGAGCACGAAAAGCUUGGCCCUGGCGCCAGUCCCGAGAGCAGCCGCACAUCUCUUAGCUCGAGCCAUCGGACCCAUGUUCCAUAUUUUAGAUAUUUUGGCCCCACGGCUAUUGUCCCUGGGUUCAAGCAAAUGGUUGUGCGCGUACGGGAUGGGAAAAAAGGAAACCUUUCACAGUCAUCUGAUUCAAUACGGUCAAUUAAAAGCCCGCCAGUUGACGUCCCAAGAGCAUCAUUGCUUACUACGUUAGCGGAAGGCGAGUCAAACAGCAUUCCUUUUUACGAUCGAGAAGACAGUUUGCCGCCGAGCAACCUAGUCACACAUUUAUGCGAUCUGUUCUUUGCCCACCUUGGCUGUAGCUUUCCAUUUCUACAGCGCGACCGUUUUAUGAAUGAUUUGAAAGAGAAGAAGGUCGAUACGAUACUAGUAGACGCUGUCUGCGCCCUGGCUGCCAGGUUCUCCCCGCAUCCACUACUUAGCCCCCCUCAAGCUCGUUCCAUUGAUGGGGAAUAUUUACAGCCAAAUGCUAAACGGUCAGAUUAUGGCCAACCAUUUGCUCAUCGAGCCAUGACGGCGGUCGUUAAUGCUCUGUCGUGUCCCACGUUGUCCGUUGUUCAGGCUUGCUUGUUGCUAGCAUACGAGGAAUUUGGGUCAAAUCAUGAUAGCGGCCUCUGGAUGUAUUUGGGUAUAGCUAUUCGGAUGGCACAAGAUCUUGGCAUGCAAAAAGUAGAAGGACUCAGCUAUUCAUAUGGGCGCAUUGGUCUGAGACCAAAGGCCGUCAUUACAGGGCAAGCUGGAAAACUAAACGUGGAACAACCUGAGGGUCCUCAAAUAUCAACAAAAAGACGUGAAAAUGGCGAAAUGGUAGAUGAAGUCCAGCGAGCGUUGGAACGGGAACAGGUUGACACAUUCUGGAGCAUCUUCUUUCUUGAUCGUGUCAUCUCAUCUGGGACUGGAAGACCUGUCACCUUGCGAGACGAGGAUAUUGAAGUCGCUUUUCCUCCGCAGUCAGAGUCCAUUCUCGCAAACGGUUGGCCGGCGCCGUUCCCGCCUCUCAUCCGAAUCAUUCAUCUGUACGGCCGAGUCACGGAUUUGAUCAAUGCGAUUCAAGAAGACAAUCAUAUCGAUGCAGAGACGCUCAAGCGACUAGCCGGAAUGGAGAGCGAUCUUACGAGUAUCUACCAACGUCUUUCCCCGAAGUUGCAUUUCAACACGAUGAAUUUCCAAACUUAUGUCAAGGCUCAAGAAGGGACUAAUUUUAUCCUCUUACAUUUCUGGUUUCAUACUUUGAUAGUUCUUUUGCAUCAGCCGACUUUACUCAACUCCUUUGGAGGGCGGAUUCAGCAAUUGUAUCCAAACAGCCGAGAGCUGUCCAUGUCUUCGGCCAAGACGAUUGCCGACAUCUUGUCGUUUUCUGAACUCAUUGAUGCAAAGAGCUUCAUCGGGAAUCCCUUCACCAGUCAGCCAAUGUACAUUGCAGCAUGCGCAUUUCUAAUGGAAAGUGCCUACUAUUCAUCGCCUUCCUCGCGAUCUGGAUCCCCACCUGUCCUGGUAACAGACCAGUCAAGUGCAUUCACCAUUCCGAACAUGGAGUCUUCCAACAGCAGUGAACGCAAGACAAACGCAAAACAUAGUCUUCUCGCCUCUGCUGCAAAAGAAAACUAUCAACGAUGCUAUCGUGCUCUUCGAACAUUGCAAACAUACUGGGAAGGCACAAAGUACAUACUUACAGUUCUCGAUCAGAAAGCAAAGGGUAUUGGCGACCCGCUCCUAUACACCACCGAAGAGAUGGAGAGUACAACAGAAGUCACAUAUACACAAUCAUUGGCGUCACCACAUUGGCAGCCUUCGACUCAAUCGGCGACUGGAGAUUUGGUUGCAAGAGAAUCAGAAAAUGCCAGCAAUAACUUGCAGACGAGUGGCCAAUUAGAAGCAGCGUCCCCGAGGAUUGAUCCCAGUCAAGCUAUUGGGUGGGCACUUACUGGCGAGAUCAAUUCCUCACAGCCAAACCUUAGUCUGUUGUACCAACUACCCGCGUCGCAGAUAGGUGAAGGUUCGGAAACGCAAAUUUCAAGUAAAGAGGCACUUGCAGCCGUCGAUACGCAUACGUCGGGGCAGCCCUUCACACAAUCCAUCCCGACAUACCCAUCAGGUUCUGCUCCCGACUCUUCGAAUAUCAGUACCUCUAGGACCGCAAAGUUCUCUGGUCCCAACAACAACCAUGCCAGCAACAGCAUUGUGACUCAUAAUCUAUACUCAACCUCAGGCACAGGUUCGUCCCAUGCCAUGUAUGGGCCAGCUCUAACACCUUCGCAAUUAACAUCAUCAUAUGGAUUCGAGUCAGCAACGGGCAGCUCUUCACAACCGAUUUCAAAUAACCUGCAACAACAACACUCCACCAUGCUCAACCAACAAUUUGCAUCUCAAAUGUCAGAUAUGCUGAUUGAGAGUCAAGACAUCGACAUGGCCGCAUUCCAUAACCAGGCUGAGUUCCCAUUCACGUUUUCCAAUGACUUCAAUCCUUAUCUAGAGUACUUGCCUCCCGACGUAAUCAAUUAUUUUGGCGAUCCAUCUCAUGGUAGUUAUGGGCCUCCAUUGAUUAGUCCACCGGAAGGCAAUCAUCAGCAAGAACGGCAGUAA